AUGGUUCCUUUUUCAGCUUUGCCUGUUGUCGUGUUGUUGUACUGCUUGACUUCCAGGGCAGCACUUGUGAGCAAGGCAUGAAUGGCAGUGGCCUUUUUGGCAGCAGUUCUUUCCCGGUGGGGUCUGAGUCAGCAGCUUGAUGGUCUGCAGUGAAGCGUGCCUGUGCCUUUCGUCAGAGUUUUCCUGGCUGAGCACAGAGCCCCAAAGCGCCCAUCUUCCCCCCGAGACCGGCACACAGGCCGGGUUUCAAGGGCAGGAUUUAGGAACGUAUUGUAAAAUGGGGUGGCUGAUUUCAGUCUGGCUCAGCUGUGCAUUGGGAGUCUGGUCGACCGCUUUUAAUCUUAAAGCAAAUCUCUUGCAAACAAACCAAAGCUGCUAAAAGCAAAAAGCAAGAGAGUUGAAGAACAGGCAGGCCACCGAAACAGCUAACCGUGGCAACGAUGAGCAGCAAAGGAUGCUGAGACGAGUGCCAGAUGAGUCCGUUGGAAAGGCGGCGGGGAGCACAGAGAUGCGGUCCUGUGUCUGCCGCUGCCACAGACUCACCUCAAGGACAGCUUUCCAGCCAAGGCAGAACGUGCACCUGCAAGGCUCUUGCGCCAGCCCAGCGGGGAGGUGGAUGCGCCUGUUUCCAGGGAGACGGAGCACCGCCCUUCUCGAGUGGAAACAGCUUCCAUGUUUUUGACCAAGGCCAGUUUGCCAAGGAAGUGCUCCCCAAAUACUUCAAACACAACAACAUGGCCAGCUUUGUACGGCAGCUGAACAUGUACGGCUUCCGGAAGGUGAUACACAUUGAGCAAGGCGGCCUGGUGAAGCCCGAGAAGGAUGACACGGAAUUCCAGCACCCGUACUUCCUGCGCGGCCAGGAGCAUCUCCUGGAGAAUAUCAAGAGGAAGGUCACGAACGUGUCCGGCAUCAAGAGCGAAGAGAUCAAGGUUCGCCAGGACAGCGUGACCAAGCUGCUGACCGAUGUCCAGGUGAUGAAGGGCAAGCAGGAGAGCAUGGACUCCAAGCUGAUCGCGAUGAAGCAUGAGAAUGAGGCGCUGUGGCGGGAGGUGGCCAGUCUGCGGCAGAAGCACGCACAGCAGCAGAAGGUCGUCAACAAGCUCAUCCAGUUCCUGAUUUCAUUGGUACAGUCCAACCGCAUCCUCGGGGUGAAGAGGAAGAUCCCCCUGAUGUUGAACGACAGCAGCUCGGCGCACCCCAUGCCCAAGUUCAGCCGGCAGUACUCCCUGGAACAUGUGCACGGCGCGCCCCCAUUCUCCGCCGCCUCCCCAGCGUACAGCGGCUCGACUCUCUACUCGCCCGACUCCUCCACCAACUGCGGCCCCAUCAUCUCCGACGUGACCGAACUGGCCCAGUCCAGCCCGUCGGCGUCCCCCAGGAGCAGCCUCGACGGCAGGAGCAGCCCGGCGGUCCAGAUCAAGGAGGAGCCCCCCAGCCCCGCCCGCAGUCCGCAGCCCGAAGAAGUCAGCCCCGUCGGCGCUCCCCCCGCCGAGACCCCCCUCUCGCCCUCUGCCUUCAUCGACUCCAUCUUGCAGGAGGAGGAGCCCGGCGGCCCCCUGGGCACAGCCGCCCCCGCCACGCAGCCCCCGGCCCCGGAGAAGUGCCUCAGCGUCGCCUGCCUCGACAAUGUGGCUCGCGCUCCACAGAUGCCUGAGGUCACCUGCCUCUUCCCCAGCCCUUCCUCCUCCUCCUCCUCACUGCACUGCCGACCACAGCAAGGAAACGAGCUGAACGAGCACUUGGACACGAUCGAUUCCAGCCUGGACAACCUCCAGGCCAUGCUGACCACCCACGGCUUCAGUGUGGACACAAGCGCCUUGCUGGACCUCUUCAGUCCUUCCAUGACCGUGGCGGAUAUGAGCUUGCCAGACCUGGACAGCAGCCUGGCCAGUAUCCAAGACCUCCUCUCCUGCCAGGAGCAGCAGAAGCCGGCGGAGGCGGAGGACUCGUCCGCAGACGCAGGCAAGCAGCUGGUGCACUACACGGCUCAGCCACUCUUCCUGGUGGACUCGGGCACCGUGGACGUGGGCGGCGUGGACAUGCCCGUUUUCUUCGAGCUGGGGGAAGGGCCCGGCUUCGCGGAGGAGGAGGAGUACCUGGAGGACCCCGCCGUCUCCCUCCUCUCUGGGACAGAGCACCCCAAGCCCAAGGACCCGGCAGUCUCCUAAGGCUGAGCCUGGGCCAGGGUGGAAGAGAGGCCGGCGGGACGGGCCUGCCCGGGGCCUCCCUGUUUCGCUCCCGUGUGGCAGCGGCCCCCUGCUCACUC